GUGUAGCAGUCAAUCUCGGUGAAACUGGGAAGGGCGGGCAGGAGGGCAGAGAAGCCGCUCACCCAGGCACAAAGCGACUCCAAAGGGAUGGUCCGCGGUGUACAGGGAGCUGCGCUCAGGGGACCUUGCGCCCGUCCCGUCUGCUGCACACAGGGCAACCGGGACCUCCCGCAGCGCUGACUAGCGGGGCGGGUGCAAGGACAUGGCGGGGUCUCUGCGCCCGGCCUCCUCCCCUGACUAUCAAAGCAGCGGCCGACUGUUGGGGUCCACCACGCCUUCUGUCUGCCCCACUGCUUCUUGGGGUCUCUCUUGGAAAGUCCAGUCUCUCCUCGGCUUGCAAUGGACUCCAACUGCUCCUGCGCCGCUGGUGGCUCCUGCACCUGCGCCGGCUCCUGCAAGUCCAACGAGUGCAAAUGCACCUCCUGCAGGAAGAGUGAGUGCGGAGCCAUCUCCAGGGUCUGGGGCUGUGGCUAAGGCUGCUGCUCCUGCUGCCCCGUGGGCUGUGCCAAGUGUGCCCAGGGCUGCAUCUACAAAGGGGAGUCAUAGAAGUGCAGCUGCUGCGCCUGAUGCCAGGACAGCCUUUCUCCCAGAUGUUAAUAGAGAGACAGGUACAAACUUGGAUUUAUUUUUUUUAUACCACCUUGACCCAUUUGUUACAUUCCUUUUCCUGUGAAAUAUGUGAGUGAUGAUUAAACACUUUAGACCUGA